GUCAUCAUCAUCAUCAUUAUGAAAGAAAACAUUGAUGCAAAAGAGCAACUAUGUAUCUUGGGACAUAAUCAUUUUCAGCCCAAAACGGAGAGGUGUCUUCAAUCAUUACUGUUCUAACUCCACAGCUUGCAAGCCGUCUGCCGAAUGCCUUGCUUACGGUGGCUAUUGCAUCAGGAACAGCCAGAAAGGGAACUGCCACGGCCUCCUGUUUGCAAAGGAAUGCAAUUCGGCUCUCUGCUCCUGCUGUAUAGAAGCUACACUGAAGAAGGAUGAAUGCCAAGAGAUUCCCGGUGUCUGUCCCAACGGAACCUCCGUGUGCCAAGAUAAAGACGCAGGCUACGAGUGCGUUUGCAAUGCAGGCUUCGAGACAACAAUGUGUGCUGAUAUAGAUGAAUGUCUAAGCGAUCCGUGUGCAGAUCCAAACUCCCACUGCGUCAACACAAUCGGAAGUUACGUCUGUGAAUGUGAGGCGGGAUAUAUCUUGUUGAACGGCAUGUGUGGUGAUAUAAAUGAAUGUGUCAGCGAUCCAUGUCAAACCGAGAUGCUUUUUUCACACUGCGAAAACACGCUCGGAAGCUACGAAUGCAUCUGCGACGACCCAGACUAUUAUCCUAGCAUAAGUAAUGGUUAUUGCGCCCCGGUAUAGAUGAAUGUCAAAGCAAUCCGUGUGUAGAUCCAACCCCCAACUGCGUCAACACAGACGGAAGUUACAGCUACCAAGGUAAACAGGGAUAUGUUAACAACUCCAACGGCAACUGAAUUGUCUAGCUUCAUCACCUCUUACCAUCUGGAAAGUCUAUUUCUAUAGUUUGCGUUUAACUUUCAAUUUUAGGUUUAAUUGCACAUUUGUGGAUUCUUUUUUAAACAUUGUUUUGUAGUGAGUUUUGUUUUUUGGAUAAAGUCCCCAGAAAUGGG